CGUUCGAAUUGCAGAAAACGUUUUCCAUUUGCACAGUGCUUCUACCUUGUAUUGUGGGGUAUUCCAACCGGAUAGAACGGAAUAUGAGCGAAAACGAAGUGUGGUUUAGAAAUUCUUCAACGGGAGUCUUCGAUUGAAGCUGUUCCAUUUGGCAAACCCAGUGCUCGUGGCACCCCUCCUCAACUACCUCAAACUUGCCGAAAGGAUUAAUCACGCAUCAUCAUUCACUUUUUUGAAGAUUUCAUCAAACGGUUACCGUCUUCUAAGCAGCACCAAGUGCCCAUCAUGAGAGCAGCGCAUAGAUUCAACAACAGAAUUCCAUUGAAGAUGACACAUCGUCCCGUCAGUGCAAUGUCUCGUCAAGAAUCGGAAAUGAUCAACCGCAGCCGUCGGGCUCUGUCGUCGGGCACCCUGACGGACUCGAUCGAGAAACUACGUCACAUGUGUCUGGCCCGAGGCGCGUCGGGAAUUCUCGGCCUCGGUCGGUGCUUCCGUCGCAUGGACGACGACGGCAACAAGGCACUCAACCUGGAGGAGUUCAUCAAGGGUCUGCUCGACACCGGACUGGACAUUACCAACGAGGAAGCCACCGAGAUGUUUAACAAGUUUGACACCGAUAGCAGCGGAUCGAUAAACAUGACCGAAUUCUUGAUCGCAAUCCGUCCCAAUAUGUCCGAAUCAAGGAAGAACAUCGUGAGCCAAGCUUUCGCUAAGUUGGACAAAACUGGUGAUGGAGCCAUCACCAUCGAGGAUUUGAAGAAUGUCUACUCGGUCAAAAAUCACCCGUUGUACAUCAGCGGUGAGGAAACGGAAGAUGUCAUCCUGAGGAAAUUUUUGGCCAACUUCGAGGAGAACGGAAACGUCGACGGGACCGUCACCAAGGAGGAGUUCCUGAACUAUUAUGCCGGCCUUAGUGCUUCGAUCGAUUCGGAUGCCUAUUUCGAUUUGAUGGUUCGCCAAGCUUACAAGCUGUAAACUGGCCCUACAAGAGUAUUCUAAGUCGUUACAAAUGCAACAAUAUUAAAUAUUACUAUUUAUUGUUUUAUUAACAUACCUAGAAUGUGCAGCAUAUUACCAAAAAGAUACAAAAAAAAACAAAAUGGACGUGGAACAAGUCAAAGCGCCAUUCGUUGCAAGGUUUGCUUGCAAACUGCCUUCGCUGAUUUGAACUAGUAGUGUUUUGAAAACGAUUACAAUUCGUUCACUAGGAUUACAAUUGAGAGCAAACAUGUUUUUUAACUUUUAUCAAUUGAAUCACGCGAGAUCUGUGACAAUGCAACAGUAAAAUAAAUGUUCUAAAAUGCUA